GAAAAAAAAAAAAAAAUCUAGGGAAUAAGCGCACAAAAUGUAACCGUCUGCUCGCGAUUGCAAGCUGUGUCCCAGUUAUGCGAUUUGUUUUUCUUUUAAAUGAUGCCAAAAAGCCUUCGGUACCAGGAUGCCAAUUAGUUCUGUUGAUCGCUCAGGAUUCUCCGAAUCAUGCGUGUUGUGGCAAGUUCUAGGACGGCCUCAGUUCUAUUAGCUCAAUCAAAUCAUCGCGACAAGCCAGCGCCUGGAUCCAACGGCUGAUCGACUUUCCCCGGUCAGUGGUUGUUCGGAACCAUGAAGUCCGACGGUGACUCCCCGGAACAGACCUCCAAGUCGAGGAUUUCAAGCACGAGCAGCUUCAGCGAUGGACUUCAAGAGUGCUACGAGACCGACCUCCAGCUGGCGGCCGAGCUGGGCAAGACGCUCCUGGAGAGGAACCAGGAACUGGAGGACACGGUGCGCCAGCAGCAGGUGCUCAUCGAGGAGCAGGCCCAGGAGCUCCAGCACCUGAGCCGGCAAGCGUGCAGCCUGCGUGAAGUGAACGAGUCCAGACUCAAGAUCUACGAGCAGCUGGAGCAAACCGUCGCCGAGCUCGAGAAGAGCAACCAGAGGCUGCAGCAGGAGUCACGCGCAGACAAGAAGCGCAUCCGGAGCCUAUCUACGAGCGUGGACCUGCUGGAGAAGAAGUGCGAGGAGCUUCAGGAGCUUGCAGACAACCUGAGGCUGAGCCUGAGGCCCAAGGACACCCAGGACACAUCCUCAGCAGACCAGGAGGAGCAAGACAGCGACCAGCAGAACUUCCUGGACGGUCCCGACCAUGCCGACCACUCAGACUUCAUCGGCUUCGAGGAAAGUCCAUUUGGGACGGACCUGGUGCGCCUGCGCUCUUCCCUGUCCCGCCUCAAGUGCCAGCUGUCAAGGGAGCAAGAGCAGAAGGAAGGCCUGCAGUCGGAACUGGAUGACCUCAUACAGGAGAACAUGCGGCUUCAAGAGCAGGUGCUGGCGUCUCAGGAGAGGGAGCACCAGUGCCUCAACCUGCAGAUGGAGAUGGACCUGCUCGAGGACGACGACAGGCACCUGUGUCCCAGCUGCAAGGUCCUCAGCAAGCUGGACCGCUGCGAGGAGCCCGAGGAGGAGCUAGCCGAGCUGGACCACUUCUCCAUGGUCCAACUCGAAGACGGCGUCGUGGUCUACGGGGACCACGACAGCCUACCCGACAUGUCGGCAGUGCCGCAGCCGCCGGCCCCGAGCCAAGACGCCGAGAGCCAGGUGUCCCUUCUGAGCGAACUGGACGCGCAGUACCGCCUCCUCAUCGACAAGUACGAGGCCCUCCUGGACGCACGCUGCCGUUCGUUGGACCUCAACGAACCCGCAGGCGGAACCGCGGCCGGAUCUCCGGCUCCGUGGGCGUCGCGGGGACGCGCCAAGCCGUCCUUGGACCACGGGGAGAAGAAGGCGAGGGACUAUCCGUCACUCUCCAACGCGAGCGACGCGGAGUCGGCGGAGUCGGGCGAGACGUCCCUGUCGUCGGGCUUCUCGGAAGGAACGACCGCCGAACGCUGCUUCUCGGACCAGGCGGUCCAGACGUCGGAACCGGCGUCAUCAGCGGAAGCGAGGAGGCAGCUGGCUUUGGACCUUGCCGCGGCCGGAGGCAUCGAUCCGCUCGGAACGCACUUCUCGCGCAGCCCUCCCGAGUACAAGAAGCUGUUUGCGGAGAUCUUUGCGGUCCUCAAGCAGACCGUGACGGAUGCGACGGGCGUCGAGUCCGCGAGCGGCGAGGCGCUCCUCGCUUUGCCGCGGAAGUCGAACCAGGCGUCGAGCCGCGGUUCGAGCCCCGGGAAGCGGAUGCUCAAGACGAACCUCGACAUCUCGAAGCUGUGCGACGUGGAUAAACAGGUUCCGCCGCGCGCGGAAGAGACGAAAGUGCAGCUUCCGGGGAGCCUGACGUACGCCGAAGCUGUCCGCAAGGGGAGGGUUGUCCGGAGGGUUCCGGCGAGGGCUUGCUACGACCAGCAGAGGGUUCAGGCCAAGGGUUCCGGCGACCAGCGAAAGGUCCGGGCCAAGGGUUCCGGCGAACAACGAAAGGUUCCGACCAAGUGAAGAUCUACUCGAGAUCCGCUGUUGCGUCGGACGUGCGUCGCCUCGGAGCGUCGAGUCUCGUACGAGGACUUAAUCUUGGGCGUCCCAAGCUCGUGAUCUGCUCAUGUGAUCCAACCUCGUGUAGGAUUAGUUGAAGAUGUGGGUCUUAUCUUGCCUUUAUCGGUCUGAUGCUCGCUGUAGCCGUUUCGAAGGGGAGGUCCGUGCUCUUUUUCCAUAGUGAAUGCGCCAGCAUUUUCUUUUCCGGUCAUUCGCAUAUAAAAGAUGAAGUGGAAGAAAUUUAAAGCUACAGAAAUAAUUGGCUCAAAAAUUAUGUUUGGUCUUCUAUAUAUCCAAUGUUGUACGAGACAUCUUUGUACGACGUUGACCGAUUCCCUUUUUCUUUUUUUGAGCCCUCGGAAAUUUUUUUGUUUUCUGGCCUAAAGUAUUAUACUAAGUUACGGACUUGCAUUGAGCUAGUUGGUGCAUUACUAGGAUAGAGCCAGCGUAAACUUGGGAGAUGAAAAAAAAAACGCAAAAAACAAAGAUAGAAGAAAGUUGCCAAAAAAUGUUUUGCAAUUUUCUUCUAUCUCUGUUUUUUACGGUUUUUCGUCUCCCAAGUUCAAGCUGUCCCUAUCCUAUCUUACUACUCUGCUUCGAAAUACUCAUCAAUAUGGGGAAAACAUUGGAGCAGUCAGGUUAUCAUACUUUUGUUUUCCCAUUUGCCUUCAAUAAGGCCCCUCACAAAUUGCCCUAGCAAUGUGGCCACAAUGGCCUUACAAACGAUCGUCGUAAACAGCAGACGUAAAAUCUUUGGGACCAUCCGUACCGUCACGACGUACUCGCGGAAGAAUGCAUCUACGCUUGAGCCGCCAAACCCACGUAGAAACGAGAGCACAUUUUAUCAAGUUCCAAACAGCCCUCCUUAGGCCUGUACAUAAGCAGUUUGGAGUGCACUUAUAAAGGAAUGUACAUACGAUGGCGAGCGAUCGACGAUGCAGAGUAUUUACAAAGUGGAGUGCCAAUGCGGGAUACGAGGAGGACGUGGAGUUUCCUUUUUUGUGCCGUUAUGUACGCCGCUGCUGCUGAAAUAUAUGUUUUUAAUCUGCCUUA